UUGAGAUGGGACUUCCGGUUUGGGCAAGAUGGCGGCGCCCAGCGACUAGCGUGGUAGUUCCUGGAGCGGAUGAGAACUCGUUCGUAGUGGAGUGUACGAGAUGUCUGGACUAACAUUAUUUGUUCGCGGUCUCCCCGAGGAUGCCAAUAGUGAGCAGCUGGAACAGAUCUUCAGCGAGACCGGUCCUGUCAGACAGAGCUUUGUCGUGCGGGAGAGAGGUACAGAAAAAUGCCGUGGAUUUGGCUAUGUUACGUAUUCCAUUCUGGAGGAUGCUCAGAAAGCAUUAAAGGAAAUCAAGACUUACGAUGGAAAGAAAAUUGAGGUCCAGGUGGCCAAAAAGAAACUAAGGGACAAGGAAAAAAAAGGAAAAGUUAAAGCAGAAACCGUUACGGAACCAAAGAAUGUGAAAAAGUCUAAUGAGAUAAAAGCACACCAGAGGAAGGCCAGGCUAAUCAUCCGAAACUUGAGCUUUAAGUGCUCUGAAGAUGAUCUUAGGAGUCAUUUCUCCACAUUUGGGACAGUGCUGGAGGUCAACAUACCAACAAAACCAGAUGGCAAAAUGCGAGGGUUUGCUUUUGUUCAGUUUAAGAAUAUGCUGGAAGCUAGUAAGGCCUUGAAAGGCACCAACAUGAAGGUCAUUAAAGGUCGGACAAUUGCUGUAGACUGGGCAGUGGCGAAGGAUAAGUACACAGCCACUCAGGGGGUGGCUUCCACUGAUAGCACUGAAGGUAUAAAGGCUACUCCUGAUGAAAAUCAACAGGAUGAUAGUCGGUCAGAGGAGGUGGGAGACUCUGAACAGGAAGAGUCUGAGAAGGAAGAAGAAAGUGAAAGUGAUGAGGAGGAGGAAGAGGAACACGAGGAGCAAAACAAACAAUCAAAGGAGACUAAAUCAAAGGAAAAACUUGUGAAGUCAUCCCAAGAUUCUCAAGACUCUGAGAGUGAUGAUAAAAGUAAUGACAGUCAAAGCGAGGAUGAUGAUGAUGAUGAUGAUGAUGACGACGACGAUGAUGACGAUGACAAAUCUGCAGAUUCUGAGUCUGAGAGUGAUGAAUUUGAUUUGGAUAAUUCGGACACCAAGAAAAAAGGUAAAAAGAAAGGAACCAAGGAAGAAGUAAAAAAGAAGCGAACUUUACCGUCUGAUGUCAAUGAAGGAAAGACGUUGUUCAUCAGGAACCUAUCUUUUAAUUCUGAGGAGGAAGAUCUGGAGAAGUUGUUGCUUCAAUUUGGAAAUAUUAAGUAUGUUAAGAUAGUGCUGCAUCCUGACACAGAGAAUUCUAAAGGCUGUGCCUUUGUUCAAUUUGUGGAUAAAGCAGCAUCUGAGAAGUGUUUGGCAGCGGCCAAGGAUGAUUCAGAGAAUGGAGGACUUAGGCUUGAUGGCAGGAAGUUGGCAAUAGAUCUCGCAGUGACCAGGGAACAAGCCGUGAAGCUGCGGGAGAAGACAGUCAGGAAACCCACAGGAGUCAGAAACCUGUACCUAGCCAGAGAAGGAAUGAUUCGUGAAGGAACUAAAGCUGCAGAAGGUGUGAGUGCAGAAGAUCUGGCCAAAAGGGCUCGGUUUGCAGAGAUUAAGCGUCAAAAGUUAAAGUUACAGCAUAUCUUUGUAUCCAGAACCCGUCUCUGUGUUCACAACCUUCCUAAAUCUGUGGAUGACAAAAAACUGCGCCAGCUAUUUCUGACAGGAGCGGGUGGAGGAAAAUCUGUUAAAAUCAAGGAAUGUCGAGUGAUGAGGGAUCUGAAAGGCGUUGGAGGGAAUCAUAAAGGCCAAUCUCUCGGGUAUGCAUUUGUGGAGUUUGCAGAACACGAUCAUGCCAUUGCAGCCUUGAGGCAGGUCAACAACAACCCUGAUAUCUUUGGGCCAAAGAAGAGGCCAAUUGUGGAAUUCUCUCUGGAGGACUUGAAUAAGCUGAAGAUUAAAGAGAAAAGGACACAGAGAAGCCUGGAAAUUCUAAGGCAGAAGCAGGCUAAGGCUCAGGCAUUUGGUACUGGUCUGCCAGCUCAAGGGAACCCUACAAAGAAGGCAGUUGGUAAAGGAGGUGUCUCCAUAACACAAAACGGUCCUGCUGCAGGGAAAAAAGGACAGCAAAAACAAGAGAAAGCUGCUACCGUUGAGGGUGAAAAGGCAAAGCCUGCAAAGGGAACCCAUAAUAAGAAACAACCAGCAGCCCCAGAUGCUCCAAGACCACCUAAGAGAGGACUACCUGAGCAUACUAAUGAAGAGUUAACAAGUGGAAAUCAGGGGGAGAAAGGCUCACCUGGCACUGCGGGAUGGUCUGGAUUUAAAACCAAACAAGAAGUGGAACAAGAGGAACUACCAGAUGGGACCAAAAGGAGGAAAGUCCUACCAAUGCCUUCUCACAAAGGUCCCAAAAUAAGGCUUCGUGAUAAGGGAAAAGUUCAGCUGUUGCCACCAAAGAAACCAAAAACACAGAGGCAGAGCCGGAAACAGCGUCAAAGUGUAACUGCUGCAAAACAGGUGAAGAAGCAACCAAACAGAAGCCAAGCAGAGACUCGCUUCAACCAACUUGUAGAACAGUAUAAACAUAAAAUUUUGGGCAAGUCUAGUGCCCAAACCCCCGUGAAAAGGAGCAAGUGGUUUGAAGAUUGAGGGUUUUUUUUUUUGUUAUCAAAUGUAGAUACACCAGACCAGAUAUAGCAACUUAGUGUGUUUGCCACUUUACAAAGCGAUAAGUGGCCCAGGACAAUUGUUUUCAUGUAAUUUUAUCAUUCUGUCAUCUGAAGUAUGCUCUGAGGUAUCUCUCAAGACCACUCUACUUGUGUAUUGAAAUGUACAGUAACACCCCUGUAUCUAAAUCAAAUUACCAAAAAAAGAGAGUAGUGCGAGGUUCAGCAAGUCGGCAGUUGUCAGCUGUUUUUAGAAGAGUUAAUGGAUUUUUGUCUUCCUAAAGGGGUUUCCCAGGGGUGGGAUGUGACCGUGCUAGGGCUUUGAGAAACUGACUGCUGUCAGAAAUUAUUGAAAUGGCUGUAUGUUGAAUGCCUGAGGUUGGCACUGACCUUAUUAUUCAAAAGCAGAAUAUUGUGCAAAAAAAAAAAUGGUUCUGUCAAAAUAUAUUUCAAAAAGACCAGCACCGAGUCACCUUGCAAAUAUUUUGGAAUGACGUAAAAAUGCUAGCAUGUUUGACCCUCUGUAUAAUCUGUCCUGGCAAAAAUACAGUUUUUCCUGUUAUGUUAAGAGAAACAACCUUAAAUUAUCUGUAUUGAUGCCUUAGUUCCUUUUUUUGUGUGAAAUAUCAUCCAAAUUUGCUAUGAUAAGCUGACAUAAAUGCUCUAUUCUUAACAGACUGAAUCUGGUAUUGAUGGUUUAAUAAUGUUCUAUAUUUUAUGUAGCACACCCUUUUGCAGAGAAUUGCCUUUCAUGUAUGUAUGUUUAAGACGUUUUAUAGCUAAUUUUACUGUGGGGUGUUUUAUAUAAAUCUCUUCAAUAUGAAAUAGUUGAUAUUUUUACUGUCACUGUUUACCAUUAAAAUACCAGAAACCCA